AUGGCGAGCCCUGGCGAUCACUGGGCUCUCUACGGUAUGGCGAGCCCUGGCGAUCACUGGGUUCUCUAUGGUAUGGCGAGCCCUGGCGAUCACUGGGCUCUCUGCGGUCUGGCGAGCCCAGGCGAUCACUGGGCUCUCUACGGUAUGGCGAGCCCUGGCGAUCACUGGGCUCUCUGCGGUCUGGCGAGCCCUGGCGAUCACUGGGCUCUCUACGGUAUGGCGAGCCCUGGCGAUCACUGGGCUCUCUACGGUAUGGCGAGCCCAGGCGAGCCCUGGGCUCUCUACGGUAUGGCGAACCCUGGCGAUCACUGGGCUCUCUACGGUAUGGCGAGCCCAGGCGAUCACUGGGCUCUCUACGGUAUGGCGAGCCCAGGCGAGCCCUGGGCUCUCUACGGUAUGGCGAGCCCUGGCGAUCACUGGGCUCUCUACGGUAUGGCGAGCCCUGGCGAUCACUGGGCUCUCUACGGUGUGGUGAGCCCUGGCGAUCACUGGGCUCUCUACGGUGUGGAGAGCCCUGGCGAUCACUGGGCUCUCUACGGUAUGGCGAGCCCUGGCGAUCACUGGGCUCUCUAUGAUACUGCCUGUCCUGGCGAUUAUUAG